AUGUAUCUGACAAUACAGCGGCGAUUGUGGACACUAGGAUUACAACAGCAGCUCAGAAGAACAAGCAAGACAGGCCACAGACUCAUGAGAACAACCGUGCCGGUUUCAGCAUUGCAACAAUAUGCCAAACGUGCCAAGACGUGGGAUUCCCACGAACUUUGCCAGCUCUUGUCUGAUUCAGACGGAUGGGACGACCUGAUGGAGGAGCAGGAAAGCCCGCGCAGGAAAGUGCUUAGCGGCAGUCAACGACCCGGGGAAGAGGAGCAUGAUAAAAAGAAGGUCAACAAUGAUGAAAACGAGGUGAAUGACGACGACGACGACAUGCAGGUCCUGUUUGAGCGACCGGCUGCCGUGGCAGCUAAAACAGAUAGUAAGAGGCAGCUGGUCCAGUUCUUGCAGCGUAUUUCGUCGCGAAGCGCUACUGCAACGCUAGCAACACGCUCCACAAGCGUCCCACAGGAUCGACCACCCAUGUUGUCGUCGGUCCUCCCGUUGAAACCCAAGGGAGCCAGAAGCCUCACGACAGGGGCAAUCACACAGACCAGGAGCACGGAAAAAGUGAGUUUAGCGGCGUAUGCCAGAGAACAAGACAUUGCAGCUCGAGAAGUUGGCGGGCCUGGCAUCGCAAUGAGUCGAUCACCAUCGCUCGAAAAUCCCAAUUGCUCUUCACCGCCGCUUUCCACCGAUGAAGACGUGGAUUCCGUAGAAGCGCAACAAAAAAGACCGUCAAGGCGAUCCAAGAACCACGAGCUGGUGUUUUUGACGCAGAAAACUGAGCGAGAAGGCUCCGAAGAAGUGGCUUCGAGGUCGAAUAGCACAGUCACUAAAAAACUCGUACAGGGCCUCGUGCUAAGCGAAGAGCAAGAAUCGGUAAUAGAAUUAGCGAAGAAGGGUCACAAUCUAUUUUACACUGGUAGUGCUGGUACUGGGAAAUCCGUUUUAUUACGUGUGUUGAUAAAGACGUUGCGAAGGAAAUACGGUGAGGGAAGCGUCGCAGUUACAGCAUCGACAGGACUGGCAGCUUGUAAUAUUGGUGGUAUAACAGUACAUUCUUUUGCUGGGGUCGGAUUGGCGCUUGGAGACAAGAAGAGUUUACUGAAGAAAGUCAGAAGGUCAAAAAAGCAUUGCACUCGCUGGGCUACCAUUGCUGCUCUCGUGAUUGAUGAAGUUUCGAUGAUCGAUGGUGAUCUUUUAGAUAAACUGGACUUCAUUGCUAAAUCGCUACGUAAAAGCCAUGCGCCCUUUGGUGGAAUUCAGAUCAUCUUGUCUGGUGAUUUCUUUCAGCUUCCGCCCGUCAACAAGAACAACAAUGAUGUCACCAAAUUCGCAUUUCAUGCUCAAGCCUGGAAAGAAGCCAUUGAUGCCACUAUCAUGCUGCAAAAAGUUUUCCGACAGCAAAGCGAUGCUGAGUUUGUUAAAAUGCUGAACGAAAUGAGAAUGGGAAACAUAUCAGCGGAAACUGAAAUAGAUUUCAGAAAACUGAGUCGACCUUUGCCAGUAGAUGAUAUUAUACCUGCCGAACUCUACAGCACUAGAAAUGAAGUGGACAGGGCCAACAUGUCGCGUUUAAAUGGCCUUCCAGGCAGAUGCCACACGUAUAAUGCCAUCGAUGGUGGUGACAUGAAAGAUGAAAUUCAAAAGGAGAAACUACUAUCCAAUUUUCUGGCACCUAAAGAACUCAAACUCAAAGUUGGUGCGCAGGUAAUGAUGAUCAAAAAUAUCGAUGAGACUUUGGUCAAUGGUUCACUAGGUAAAAUCAUUGAUUUUAUAGACCAGAAAACUUACAUGUUUUAUGACACUGUGAGAAAUGAUCCAGACAUUGAAACAUCCAGACUAGAAGCUAUGCUGCAAGGUAAAGUGCAGAUGAACGACCCCAACGAAGACGAUGAGGCUAAUCAAAAGGUUAUCAGGAAAAAAAGCAUCAAAGACUCAUUCUGCAAACUUGGAAGUCAAUUGCCUCAUGACAAACUGGAUGAAAGUAUUUUCGAUUUUCUGAUGACAGAUACAGACAAAUUAACGGGAAGUCAGAGAGCCAACAUAGAGAGAAAAAAAGAGCUUUUGGAAGAGAUAAGGCUAAGCUCAACCGGCCGCAAGCUUCCUUUUGUGAGAUUUCUUACUCCGGACGGAUCGUCACGACUGGUUUUAGUACAGCCCGAGGACUGGGCUGUGGAGGAUGAACAUCAAAAGCCUCUUGUAAGCAGAAUUCAGCUGCCCUUGAUGCUAGCUUGGGCUUUGUCUAUUCAUAAGUCGCAAGGACAGACGCUACCUAAAGUUAAAGUGGAUUUGAGAAGAAUUUUUGAAAAAGGACAAGCCUACGUUGCCCUUUCGCGUGCAACUUCAAGGGAAGGGCUACAGGUUCUCAACUUCAACAAAUCAAAAGUACAAGCACAUGAAAGUGUGAUAGAGUUUUAUCGCACACUGACCUCGGCUCAUGAGGCCAAAAAGCGUUUUGUGGAUAGUACUUCGACAAAGAAUGGUCUUUCAUAUGCUCCGAAAGUCGCAGCAAAAGCAACUCACAAGCAUCAGGAUGAGCGGCAGGACCGAAUCACCUCAAUGCUUCGAAGCAAGAACAAAAAGAACUCGUUUGGGUUGAAUUUCGAUAAAUUGGACGUUGCACAGAAUGGCAAUGUGGAUCUCGACUUUCAGCACUAA